ACAGAAACCAGUUUAAUCUAAGCGCGAUUCAUAUCUAUGGUAUGCAACCAGCAAGCGCAUAGUACUGCCGUAUACUCUGUAUACGUACUAUUCAUGGAGGAUAUCCCGUAAAUAGUCGAAAUGAGCCACUACCGUUAGGACCAGUACCUUGCAUGUCGCGCGCGCCCUCGUCCAUACCCAUGCAGCCCAGCUGAUGGCAGGGGUGCCUUACACUACGACGUACUUGCAGCUACGUACCUAGGUAGGUGCAUGGCCAGGCGGACGGAUUCUCACCCAGCCUGCCUGGACAUGACCGACAACUCUCGUUGACCACUUCACUUUACCUUCUCCAUGCCCAUCUGUCCUCCAUCAUGCUUGCUUGUGCCUUUUCGGCCCUUUAAGAGUACCUCAAUAUAGCAAUGCAGCUCAGCCUACCUCUUGCUUCGCUGUUGGCAUUUCCCGUUUCAUCGCAGACGGAGGUAAUGCUAUUCACCAGACACAUCUCGAACCAGCUUGAAUACUACCACCAGUUAGAAGGCUGAGGUCUCUCUAGCCUUGCCCUUUCUUUACAGAUCCCACCCCUCCCCAUCUCCAGUCUUACCCUUUGUGACUAUUUCUAUCAUUAUACUCUUUAUUUAUCCAAAUCUAACAGGGCUGUGUGUGUUUCCAUUUUGAGCCUCUCUGCACCAUGACUAGCCUUGAGUUUAUAAUGGAUAUGGGGGACGAAGAGGACACCACCCAGAUAGAUAAGAACGAGGACGGCUCCAUCCAACCCGGGCCAUCUAAAAGUCAAGAUCCUUCCCGUGCGGCAACGUCGAGCCAUGAGAAGUCAAAAGAUCAAGACGACAGACUAACUCCAGCCCCAACAAGACGGCGCGGUCCUUCAGGACGUUCAUCUAAAUCUACAGCAACCACGUCGUCCCCGUCGACAUCAUCAGCACGACCGGCGUCUGUGAGUAGGCGGAGCACUACUAGUUCCGAGUCGAUGGAUCCUGGUGGAUACGGAGGCCACGCCCAAAGUUCGUCAUCCGGAGGAGGCAUGCCGCCGUCUAUGCCAUCGAGGCCAAUGGGGAAUGCUACGGGCGAAGGGAGCAUGCCCGUCAAGCUGACCCCUAUCACGAGACGUGUUAGUAGAGCGAAGAAGGGCGUACCAGUUCACACAUGCGAAAUAUGUAAACCGCCUAAGACAUUUACGAGAGCAGAACACCUUAGGCGCCACCAACUGAGUCAUGGGACUCCCAGGCAUUCCUGCACUUUCCCUGGAUGCGAUAAAGCGUUUCACAGAGCUGACCUGCUUGCGCGUCACGCUCAAAGGCACAACGAUCAAGACGAUAAGUUAUCAAGGGGCACAGGCGAAGAUGGCAGCCGGCCACCAUCUGCAGAAGGACCACCUGGCAUGAGCUACAUGACCCAUGGUCCUUCAUCGAUGGGUGGCGUCUCUGGCUCCCGAUCAGCGAUGACUGACCCGUCCGAUAUGUCGUCGAGUGUGGCCUUCACAACUAGCCAGCCUCCAUACCAAUCAAUGAGUAACCAGGGUAACAGCAGUGGCCAGCAUUCGGGUCGGGGUGAGAGUUAUCAAACCUCUAAUCCCCCUUCUGGAGGUCAUAGCUAUGUGCUGUCUUCUAUUAUCAGUAACCCGCCCCCGAGUAUUGGGGGGUCACCAGUCACAGGUACUCCUUUCGAGAUAGGCUUCACACCUCGCACCUCAUCUCCAUUCCCCAUCUACAUGGAUACCACAGCGGCCUUGUCCCAAAAUUUACCUAGUUUGACAAUACCUGACAACAGUAUGCCUCCAGGUCUUGUCCACGCUGGCCACGACGGCUCUCCUUGGCCGUCAUCUGCUUCGGAGAGCAACUACUCUACCCCUUCGGAAAUUAGCCAUAGGAGGAAUAAUAUGCCCCGGGGGUACGAGUCGCCAACAUCAGACUGGCAUGGUACCGGCCUCUACUCUGGGACCUCUCAUAGCAUACAUAGCCCUGGUGGUGGGCUUGACAUCGCCACCACGGCACCUUUCUUCGGGACACCUUUCUCCCCGACGGCACCAGCGCUUGAUCACACGAUGAGCAUGCCGCUAUCCUUCUCCGACGACGCAUCUUUCGUCGACCACACGCAACAAUACAACCCCUACUCUUCAGUUCGUAGUCCGACCCCACCGACCAUCUCACUGUCCGCUCAACCGGCUGAAAAUUUAGUCACCCUUGCAGCCCCACCCAUACACGGCGUUGCCUCGACGGGUCGUCAGAAAGGAUCCUCACUCCUGGGACCACUCGGGGGGACAACCUUUCUAACCGCGAACACCCUGUCACCACACGUCCGGAAUGCUAUCCCGAGAUACAUCGACCUGUACUGGAAGCGUUUCGACACUCUCUUCCCAUUAGUCCACCGCAAGAGCACCAAAACUGCUGCUGACGAGGUCCUGCGCUGUGCCAUGGCCGCCGUCGGUACGCAGUUUCUUCAAAGCAAGGAGGAUCGUAUCCGAGGCAAUGAAUUGCAUGAAUUCGCCUGGAAGGAGGUUAAGACCUGUACCCAAUGGAACCUCCAAGUCAUGCAAGCGAUUCUCCUUUGCGAGCUCUACUCGCGGUUCCGCGGACGAAGUGCGUCGAGAAGCUCGUCGGAAUCCUUCCAGUCAGUAUACACUCGGAUGGCCGAUCACCAAAUGCCGGACGAUUUACUAUUUUCAACCUCAACGCGUCAUGACCGAUGGAACGAAUGGAUUGAUAACGAGUCACGACGGAGACUCUUGGCCGCUUGUUUUGUUUUGGAUGUCCACGCAUCCGUGUAUUAUCAGCAACAUUUAAUGAAACCUUUUCCUAUGUCGACGACACCCGCUAUUCCCCUAAUAAGACCAACCGAAGACCUCUGGGCCGCCCAAUCAUCAGAAUCCUGGGAAGUCCUGCUCGGGUCGUGGUCAACGAACACGGAACCUACCAACCUAUCUGGCGAAACUACUGCCGAACAAGUAGCUGAUGCGCCAUACCUCGACCAAACUGUAUUUUUAGCUUCGGAAGCGCUUCGGCUACCUAAGAGACCCAGCCCUUCCAUAUUAGAUCUCACGGCAGAAGUAGACGAAAGUUCUACCGAGCGGAUCACUGGACUAUUUCCUGGAUCUGCCGUUGGGAACACUUAUUUGGCGUUGCAUUAUACACCUCUCCACGACCUACUCGCGGUUAGCGGCGAAACCUGGCUUUUCUCAAAAAAGGUGGCGUCCUCUCAGGUCUUUCAACAGCACAAGAGGCGUCUCCAACUCUGGUGCAACAACCUCCACGCCGGUGUCGCUGUAAAAUUCGCCGCUAGGGCUCUUCUGGCCUUCAUCGACUGCAGCAACCAUAAUGUACUAAACGCAACUGUUAUUUCGAAUCUCGAGAAAGAGGAGGGCUGGGAUGGGAGCUGGCACAUGUUGGAUAUCUCGGACUAUUGGGGGAUGUACGUAUGCGCACUCAUCUGCUGGGCGCUCGGACACCGCGCAAUGGUCAGAGGCAACAACACCGGGUCCGACCUGACCUCCUCUUACCACCACCACAACCACUCUAAUGCUAAUUCUGGAGAGAAAGGGGAGCGGGAUGCCAUGAGGUGGCUUAAGAUGGUGGCCGACUUAAGCUCGGAGAAAGCGCUGAACGUGCGGGGCCGGAAGGAGACCAUGGCGAUCGUUGGCAUGGUUCGAAGAAGGCUCGAGGACGAAGCUGUCGGCAGCAAGAAUCGCCUGCUUGUCGAUGCUACGAGGACGUUGAAGAACCUCGAGGAACGCGGCAAUCACAAGUGGUUCUAAUCGGAAGAAAGGGGGAAGGAAUAUACGAUGAGCGGGUGGCGGUUGUAAUUUUUUAUUUCUCCCCCUUUUUUCGAUUUUCUCUUUUCUCCUGUAUUUCUAUAUUCUUCCCUUGUUUUUUUUACACCUUUUUGAUUCUUACCUUCACUUCUCACUUUCACUUCUUUCAAACAAUUUUUAUAUUAUUUCGAUUUUUUUAUAUUUCUUCUCUAUCCCUAUUUAUCCCAUUUUAUCUGUCUUAUUUUUUUUUACUGUCUCUCUAAUUACAUUCCUUCUUGAUCGUGUCAUGUAUACCUAACUAUAGACUCGAAGGUUGGGAGGUCAGAGAUACACUUGUACCAUUAGAAACGCAUUGCAAGGGAAGACAAAAAAAAGGGGGGCGCGCUUACAGCAAAAGAGGUAUUUGCAUGGGAUUUGUCUACCUGCACUUUGGGGGUGUUCGGGGAGGAGCAUGUCCUAUUUCUCUCCAUUUUCGAAUAUCCACGGACCAUUGGGGAAAGGGUUUAUUUUCUGUCUUUAUCUCCGGAACUGCCUACGCGCCAUAUUGGUUGAGGAUGAUUAACGACGGGUAAUGAGUGUAUUCUUACGUUCGGCAUGUUAUGCGGCGUUGCCAUGAUGGAUAACAAGGAAUAUAACAGCGAGUUGGAACAA